GAUGUAGUAAUUCAACCCUAACACGACCUUAAGUUGUGGGAGUACUAGGCACCUCAUUCUCCACACACACCUUGUUCUCUUCCCCUCGAUAUUCUUGAUACUCCCCAUGUCGAGCUUUCCCGAUUAUUAUGCGCUGCUCAACGAGAUCAGACAGGCUUAUAAAAGGGAGUCACUCAGGACUCAUCCAGAUAGACUUUCCAAAGCCACUGACAACGAGAGAAAGAGGGCCACAGAAAAAUUCCAAGCCGUAGCCGAUGCCUACUAUGUUUUAUCGGAUCCAGUACGACGGAAAGAAUAUGAUGCACUAUACUCCUCGACUGGAGCCGGGGAUAAAAGCAGUGACCCAAAGGCAUCUUCGAAUUUCUUCACGCAUUUUGCCAGCAUGUUUGGCAGUGCAGGCGCAGCACCAGCUCCAGGGCCGAGACCUGAUGCUGAGAACGUAUUUGCGGACGUCUUUGAAGAGCUUCUCCGUCCGGAGGUCGAGCGUCACGUGCCAUGGUGGUCGUACGUCGGCACCGUUUGUGGUGGUGGAAUGGGGUUCAUAGUCGCUAAUCUGCCGGGUCUCGUGAUGGGCGCAUAUGCAGGUAACCGCGUCGGUGCGAUACGUGAUGCCAAAGGUAAGAGUGUUGCUGCUGUAUUCUCCGAACUUGGAGGUAGCCAGAAGGCGGAGAUCUUGCGCGCUUUGGCUGCGAAGGUGCUAGGCGCCGCUAUGUAAUAGACAUGUUAUAGUAUGCGUCGUACCUAUGUUCUAUCUUAUAUUUAUGUUCAGAGACCCAUGUACUCUAUUAGUGUAUCGUUAGUUUGUUUUACCCUCAAUUCCAAGCCGUCAUUAGCGCUGAACGUUGCAACGUUGAACAGAG